UCUUAAAUCUGCGGUUGGCUCCUCCUUCCGCCAUGAUGUCAGUCGGAGGGAGAGCGAGAGGGAGAGAGGUGGGCAGUGUUGAGGAACUGAGUUCAUACAAUACUACUGAGACAUCUACAGCUUAGCAGACAGAUACGGUGAACCGCCUAUCCCGGCUCCUGUAAGUGAUGCUGCGCUGAAGCACACUUUGAUCCAACUCCAUUGGGGGGCGAUGCGCUCUCUGCAUCCCUCCUUCAAGAGUUUUUAUGGGAGCGUGCACAACCUCGAAUCAGUCAAAACAAGUGGUCAUAAAAUAAAUUAGGUUUUAAGCUUUCAGUUUUUCAUCAGAAGUCCUUUUUUUGCGCUCUUGGAUUGAAGUUUUACGCGCUGGUCAAGAAGCAUUUAACGCGCACGUGCAAGUUCUGUGCCAGCGUUUUGAUGCUGGUAAAACAAAAAGUAGGAAUUUCAAGGCAAACGUAAGAUAGGGAUUCAAAGUUAAUGUAGAACAAGCCGGGAUCGAUGCGUAUCGUCGGCCGUGGGAUUGCGAGCCCAAGACACCCGAAGAGGAAUUACAGCGUCCUUUUCAAUCAAACUUGAUCGCUGUGCUUGAUUUUUUUUUCUCUUGCACAGGAGGACCACAGUUUUUCUUAGCGCAUGGAUAAGUUUUUGUAGUGGAUAACAUUUUUUUUCUACUUGCAUUACGUUUUGCUACCGCUUCUGAUGAGGAUCCUCUCCCACUUCAGUUUAAUUCGUGGCACUUCUCUUUUUGUAAAUCCGUGAUGUCUCCACGCGACGGCACCCACGGCUGAUUUUUCAUCAUAUUCGAGCGGAAAAGAAUUGCUGCUGUUCAAGUGAAGCUCCCAUCCAGUCUUGAGUAUGGACUUAGGAAGUCAGGCUCAUGUGCUGGUGGUCUUGCUCGCCUGUGUGGUCUUGCCAUGUCAGGCCCAGGAGAGGGACUACACGGUGAAGGAGGAGCAGCCAGAGAACGUCCGCAUCGGGAACCUGCGCAAGGACCUGGACCUCAACCUGGACCCCAACAUCAGGUUGUCCUCACCGCUGCAGUUCAAGCCUGUGUACAAGACAGGUGACGUGCCUUUGGUGAGGGUGGAGGCCAACACAGGGGAGAUCUUUACCACCAAUCACAGAAUCGACCGGGAGAAGCUGUGCUCAGGGGUCUUCGCUGAGAAACGCUGCUUCUAUGAGAUCGAGGUGGCCGUGCUGCCAGAUGAGAUCUUCCGACUGGUAAAGAUCCGCUUCCUGAUCGAGGAUGUAAACGACAACGCGCCCCUUUUCCAGUCCACUGUAAUAAACAUCUCCAUCCCGGAGAACACAGCCAUCAACACUCGAUACCCAGUGCCCUCAGCAUUUGACCCUGAUGUAGGAAUCAAUGGAAUCCAACAUUAUGAACUGGUCAAGAGUGUCAGCGAGUUUGGCUUAGACAUCAUAGAGACUCCUGAAGGGGACAAGUGGCCGCAGCUUAUCGUUCAGCACAACCUGGAUCGCGAGCAGAAGGACACCUUUGUGAUGAAGAUAAAGGUAGAGGAUGGUGGCAACCCACCCAAGUCCAGCACCGCCAUCCUCCAAGUCACCAUUUCCGAUGUCAAUGACAACCGCCCCGUCUUCAAGGACAGUGAUGUGGAGGUCACAGUGCCAGAGAAUGCCCCCAUGGGGACAUCGGUUGUUCAGCUUCACGCCUCGGACGCAGACCUGGGUUCCAAUGCACUGAUCCACUUUGCCUUCAGCAACCAGAUCUCUGCCUCAACCAAACGUCACUUUGCCAUUGACAGCUCUACAGGACUGAUCACUGUGAAGCAGCCACUGGACAGGGAGGUAACUCCUGUUCACAAACUCAUCGUCCUUGCCGGUGACGGCAGCUCCACCCCCUCCAGAGCCACAGUGAUUGUUAAUGUAACAGACGUUAAUGACAAUGUUCCCUCCAUAGACACUCGCUACAUUAUCAACCUGGUUAAUGGGACUGUUCUGCUGUCUGAGAAUGCUCCUCUCAACACCAAAAUAGCUCUCAUCACUGUUACUGACAAGGAUGCAGAUCUUUAUGGUAAAGUAGCUUGCUACACUGACCAUGAUGUUCCUUUUCGAUUGAAGCCUGUCUUUAAUGACCAAUUUUUACUAGAGACAGCUGCCCCCCUAGAUUAUGAGACGACUCGAGAAUAUGCAAUUAAGAUAGUGGCCUCGGAUAGGGGGACGCCUCCUUUGAACACUUCAGCUAUGGUUUUAAUUAAAAUCAAGGAUGAGAACGACAAUGCACCCAUCUUCCCCCAGCAGGAAAUCCAACUUUCCAUACCGGAGAACAAUGACCCCUCUACACAGUUAAUAAAAAUCAGCGCCACUGACGCAGACAGCGGACUUAAUGCUGAGAUUAUUUAUACUCUUGGCCCUGAUGCGCCUGACGGGUUUAACAUAGACAGACGGUCAGGAAUUCUCUCCGUUGGCAAACGACUGGACAGAGAGAAGCAGGAGAGGUACUCAUUCACUGUCAUAGCGAGGGACAAUGGCUCCACGUCCCUGCAGAGCAAUGUCACUGUCAGGCUAAUCGUCCAGGACCUUAAUGACAACAGUCCAGCUUUCACACACCCUGAGUACAACUUUUAUGUGCCUGAGAACCUGCCUCUCUAUGGGACUGUGGGCUUAAUCACAGUGACGGACGCAGAUGUGGGAGAUAAUGCGAUUAUAACCCUGUCCGUUUUGAACAGUAAAGAUAAUUUCAUCAUCGACCCCCAAACCGGUGUGAUCAAGCCCAAUAUCACCUUUGAUAGGGAGCAGCAAAGCUCCUACACAUUUAUGGUCAAGGCAGUUGAUGGAGGGCAACCUCCAAGCUCCUCCUACGCCAAGGUCACAAUCAAUGUAGUCGAUGUGAACGACAACCGUCCUGUGUUCGUCAUCCCAUCCUCCAAUUACUCAUAUGACCUAGUGCGAACCACCAUCACCCCUGGCGCUGUGGUCACCAGAGUGUUUGCCAUUGACAAUGACACAGGUAUGAAUGCUGAGCUGCAGUACAGCAUUAUCAGCAGCAUCAUCAUCACAUCUAGGGUCUCCCCUCGAGGUCUCUUUGCCAUCGACAAGACAACGGGUAACAUAACACUGCAGGAGAAAAUAGUGGCAGCUGAUCAGGGGUUGCAUAGGCUGGUAGUCAAAGUCAAAGAUCUGGGUCAGCCUGAGUCAUUAAAUGCUAUCGCACUUAUUCACUUGUUUGUCAAUGACACUGUGUCAAAUGCUACCUUUAUCCAAGAACAGCUGCGAAAAAGUAUGGAGACACCCUUGGAUCGUAACAUAGGGGACAGUGAGGUAACAACUCAAACCAAUGGAUAUGUGAUUGUUGUCAUAGCAAUCAUAGCAGGGACCAUGACUGUCAUCUUGGUGAUAUUUGUGACUGCCUUGGUGCGCUGCCGACAGACACCCAGACACAAAGUGGUACAGAAGGGCAAGCAGAGUGGCGAGUGGGUGUCACCCAACCAAGACAACCGUCAGAUCAAGAAGAAGAAGAAGAGAAAGAAGCGAUCCCCCAAGAGCCUCCUCUUGAACUUUGUGACCAUAGAUGAAUCCAAGCCUGACGACCCCACCCAUGAGCAUGUUAAUGGCACACUGGAUCUCCCUGUGGAGUUAGAGGAGCAAACCAUGGGGAAGUACAACUGGGCCACAACGCCCACCACCUUCAAACCUGACAGCCCAGAUUUAGCCAAGCAUUACAAGUCCGCGUCCCCUCAGCCUACAUUUCAAAUCAAACCGGAGACUCCAGUGGCCCCAAAGAAACACCAUGUGAUCCAGGAACUCCCCUUGGACAACACGUUCGUGGUGGGCUGUGACUCACUCUCCAAGUGCUCAUCGACUAGCUCCGACCCAUACAGUGUCUCAGAGUGCAGCUGUCAGGGGGGAUUCAAGACUGCGGGGCAAAUCACCACCCGACAGAACCUGAUCCAGACACCGGAGAAGUCUUUCAACUCACCGCCCCCCAUUUGUCCUCAUAAGGAGGCCUGUCAACUUGGCAAGAUAACCUCUGUGAACUUUCUAACAGAACAUCCCUUGUUUGUUGGUGUGCUCCAGACCCAGCGCCGCGUGACGUUCCAUCUUCCAGACGGUUCCCAAGAGAGUUGCAGCGACAGCGGGCUGGGAGACCCGGAGCCUAGCAGCACAGCCAGCACCACCCAACCUCUUCCCCUCAGUUUCCCCCAGGAGGAGUACUAUGAGCAAACGUCACCAAACAGCCGCACCGAGGGAGAUGGAAACUCAGACCCCGAAUCUACUAUCGAGGUGAACCUACAGAAAGCCUUGGCUGAGGCCUCUGAGACCUGUACCCAGGAGUGUCUGAUACUGGGCCACUCCGACAGCUGCUGGAUGCCACCAGCCUUGGCCCACUUCCAGGGUCCUGGCAGCAACAGCCCCACCUCCACCCCAAUCACCACCACCAUCACCGGUACAAUGCCCUCUUUUGGCUUCCAGCAGAGCUGCGCCCGGGGAGCCAAAGCUAACAUGAUCAGCAUGGGGGUCAUGGAUGGCCGCCAUACCCUAGGCAGGUCUGUGCCCAAAAAAGAUGAACUGGACAAAGGGAUCAACCGGCCACAGUUCUACAACACCCUGGAUAGACACUGCAGUAAGAAAGAGGACCCCUUCAAGGUCAUCCCCCUGGCGAGCUUCUCCUCUCCUGGGCAGCAGACGCCCACUGGAGGGGGCAGCAGCUCCUUCUUACAUGAGCACCAGUUGUAAGAGUAAAAGACAGAUCUCCAUCCAUAGACGGCUUGUUGUCAGUGACUUUAUGAUCAGUAUGUAUGCGUACGUAUGGAGGUAUGCAUCAUUUGAAUUGACCAGCUCCGGCUCAGUUUUACUAAUGAAUACAUAUGAGAAUGGAUUCGAUCAUGAUGAUGUUGUUCAGACAGAACCAUAGGGGGUGAGUCUUACAGCUAAAGCAUUAGAAAGGUAAUGUAAGUCUCAACACAACAGGCCCAUGUAUAAUACAUAUAGGUAGUUCUAUACCAAAGUAGUUCCAUCACAAAAAAAAAAAAAAUGAAUUUUGCUUUCAGUUCGGUGAUGUUUGCUUUGUGACAAGAAAAGGCAAUGUAACGCUUCGAGCCUCUUGGUCCCCGAUAGUGACCAUUUAUGUGUGCAGAAACACUUGCAAAUACAGUACUUUGUGUUAGGUGAGCUAAAUCGCGCUUACUGUUAAUUAUGAGCUCUGAGUGGAUGAUGUUUCUCUUGAAGUUCUAGUGACGUAUCGCUCUGUAUAACACGCAGCACAAACUCUUUUGGUGGUGGAGGAUUUUUCUUUUGUCUCGCCUGAACGUGUUUCAGAAGUCUAUUUUGGUCAGGGGACUGCAGAAGGAUAAAAAAAAAAAAAAAAAGUCUACAAAGCAUAACUAGGCCAAUAGUAGACAACACCGGCAAACUUUUUGCAUUCUACAUUUUCACCGUGGACCAGCACACAAAAUAUAACAGAAAAAAAAACUCCUGCACAUGCACACACUUACCCAAGAUGUUUUCCAUAUGAUGGUUGCUCCAUCUCUGCCAACUCCAUUAUGAAAAUGUUCACUCCUUGCAUUUUCUCUCAGCAGCUUAACCUUGAAAGAUUAGCGCUUUGGAAACAUACGCUUUAUUUCCUUCCCUUGUUUCUUUUUCUCACAUUUCGCUGCUCAGAAACACUCGCAUACGGUAAUAACAGCUAUGGAGCUAAUUAUGAAAUUCUCAGUCCAAUUACUUUGAUGUGUGAUCUCAGCAGCGACCGUCAUUCUGGUUUCGGAAUUGUUGGCUAGCAAGAAACAUGCGCUGCAUGUGCGGAGGCAAUGAAAAGGUGACAAACGCUAACAAAUAGCAGCUUUACACACUCCCUCUCUUCCAACCCUAUCAUUGAUAACACCUUUUCUUCUUACUAUUAAUUACUUUAUGUGUUUUUAUGCAACUCAUUUCGGCAAUUUUUUUUUUUUUUUUUAUCAGUUUUCACUCUUUUUUGGCACUGGAAUAAUAGAAAAUGCAAAUUCAUUCAUACAUGCACUGCAUCACUGCCUGUGUGUGUAAAUUGUCCUGAUGAUUAUAACUACUUCAGACUAACUUGUUGCUGUAACAGAUUGGGUGCAGCAUACUCUAUUGCUACAGCAAUAAGUGACUUUGCUGAUAUUUUUUUUCAGCAACAUCCAAGUCAUGUGUCGACAUCAGGUAUAUGAUUCAUGCGAUUCAUUUUCUCUAUCUUGCAAAUUGGAACAGGCCUAAAUCUAUAAUGCAACGCGGCAUUCUCGAGGGAAGGCGCGAGGGAAAUUGUGUUUGCAUGCUCUUAGCUACCACACCUUUUCUCUCUGAUACUUGGGGUCAGGAAUCUUAUCAUUAUAAAGAGGAUUUAUCUGAGACUCAGUGAAAUGAUCACUUAAAGGAACAGUCUGUCAAGGACACGGAAAAAGGGGCAAUUCAAUUUCACCUCAGUCAAUUACGAAAGUGAAGUUAAUUCAAAACAAGCAUCUAAAAUAAAUCCUCCUAUAAACACUGCUUUAUGAAAAUGUCCCAGUUUAGGGAUCCAAUUUCACCUUAUUUGCUCAUUUUUUUCUCUAUUGCUUGUCAUCUCAUUUCAAUGUUAUAGUACUGACAUAUAUCACCAAAUGGUAUAAAUAAUACAUAUUUAAUCAAAAGGAGCACAUAUCAAAGGGAACAUACAUCAUGAUGUCACUGAAAAUUGAAUUGUAUCACUCUGACAACUGCAAAUCCAACACUUCAUUUUUCUUUUCUUUUAUCCAAAUGUUGCCCCAAAAAGUAUUUUCAGUCUCUGUGUACAAUUAAAAAAGUAGGGCAAAGAAAUUCCUGGUUGGAUCUUUCCCACAAAAAAAAAUCUGAAAAAUAACAAUUAGGUUUUUAAGAAACUUUCCCCUUCACUAUAAAUAAGAACAGACACUCUGCUGUUGGAGUGUUUAUAGAUAUGACACAGGAAAUUGUGUCCUUCCUCAUACCAUGGAGGGUAAAAAUAUCCAUGAAAUAUGUACGGGAUAAUACACUGUCACACUGUCAUAAUAAUGUGAUUGUUUGAAAUAAUUUAUCCAAAUCACAUGUGUACAGUAAGCACAAUAUUACCUUUCUAUAACCCUCACUUGUUUUAACUUACUCUGCCCACAUAACUUCUGUGUAUUGUAAUAUUGCAGCAGCUACAUUAAUUGAAAGACAAAUUCUAGAGGGAAUAGUAUAAUAACUGCAUGAAUGUACAUCUGUAGGAUAUUGGUUUUGACACCAACGUGACUUUUUUUGUCUGCUGCUUGUCCCACUUUGUUCUACCAUUUGCCCUUCUAGAGGUAAAAGUAGGGGUUUUGUACUUUUAUUAUUUCUCAAACAAGGAGCAUACCACAUGAAUGUGCUUUUGUUUCAUUUUUUUGUCAUCUUUCAUAAAACACAAAAUGAGGAGGGUGAUGACAGGUCCUCACUUUCGGCUCUCCCUGUUCUUUUCCUAUUUUUUCCUAAUUCUCUCUGCCCUAAAAGUAAAGACAGUAUACAUGAAAUCUUUUUUUUUAUUUUCUGAAUUUUUCUAUUCAAAACGUGUGUCAUGAUUACCAUGUCAAUUUGUGUCAUAAUUUGCAUGAACUGUUUGGACCUCCACAAGGCCACACUUGACUAUGUAGUUCAUGCAUCCAUCAUUAGAUUCAGUGUCAGUAUUGGUGUUUACUGCUCUAACUGUUUGUGUGUCUUUGGAACAAAACAAAAUGUUACAGUGUACACAUUUCAAACUUUGUAAAUUGUGCGUACCACUUUUGCCUCUACGUACACACAAAUAUCUAUUCUGUCUGGAUUUUAAACUGUACAUAGCAGUACCCCUAAAAACUACUACAACAAUGACAAACUGCAAAGACACAUAUAGUAAAGACUAAAGGCUACAUACUGGAAUUCGAUAUGUUGAUUCAAAGAAAAAAUGGAAAACAUGAGAAGUGAUGAGAUGACAAUCUCUCUUGUAAUGUAAAUGGCUACAUAUGCAUAAUAUUGGUGAGAGUGUGUUCGAAUGUGUUUAUAGGUGAUCUUGUAUGUGUGUGAGGGAGAAAGUGUGUCUCCUUGCAUGUAUGAGCGUGUGUGUGUGCACAUAUGUGUGUACUGGCAUGCACCUUGCCAGAAUAUUUUAUGUAUACAAAUGUAUCUUACAAAAACUAUAUCAAAAUAUGGUAUAAAACUGCUUGUAUGCUUGUAAAUUAGUCAUCAGUGAGUCAGGUCAAGUUUUGCUUUGAGAGAAGGCAAAUCUGUAUUGGUCGGUUAAAGCUAUACAGUCUGUGUUGUCAUGCCUUUGUAAGAUAUCCCAUUUAAAUCUAUGAAAAAAAUGACCUUCCGUAUGGUGAAAUGAUUUUUCUUGUCAUUGAAUUUUACUUAAGCCAUUAAAUAUCGAGUCCUUAAAGUA